AUGGUCUUCUCGAGACAUUCAUCGGCUUCUCGAUCGCAUGGCUCAAGACAAUCACUGAUUCCGCCAACAUCGGAAGAGGACAUCAUAACCGAUCAACCAGGCCUGGGCCGUCAUCUUGGACUGUUCUCGACCAUACUUCUCGUGGUAAAUCGAAUCAUCGGCACAGGCAUAUACUCUACCCCUGGGGCCAUCACUGCAGGCGUGGGGAGUGUUGGUGCAUCACUCAUACUCUGGACCUUGGGACUUCUCAUCGCUUUCGCUGGACUUAUGGUAUGGGUCGAGUUGGGCUGCAUGAUACCUCGCUCGGGAGGAGAGAAGGUCUACCUUGAAGCUGCCUAUAAACGCCCCAAACUCUUGGCAACGACCGUCUUUGCCUUUCAAGCCAUUUUGCUUGGCUUCUCUGCGAAUGGCUGUAUCAUAUUUGCACAAUACAGUCUCAUUGCCGCCGGCCACUCGGCCACUGACUCUGAGAAACGAGGCAUCGCAAUUGCUGUCAUCAGCUUCAUUACUGCUCUGCACAUCUUUUUCCCAAUGUGGGGUGUCCGGGGCAUGAACAUCGUCAGUAGCGUCAAAGUCAUCACGCUCAUCUCGAUUGUUGUCACAGGCUGCAUAGUGCUUGCAGGCGGAGUAUCAUCGAUCGAGGACCCUCACGCAAGUUUCCGACAUGCGUUUCGAGGCACAAGCCGUAGCAGCCACCAGUGGGCGACUGCUUUAUUCAAGGUUCUCAGCUCAUACCAGGGCUGGUCGACUGCAGCCUACGUUGCCAAUGAGAUCAAGCACCCUGUGCGCACUCUCAAAAUUGCAGGACCAGCUGGAUUGGGCAUUUGCGGCGCUUGUUUCCUUUUUGUCAACAUUUCCUACUUUGCUGCAGCGACUCCUGAAGAGAUUGCAAACAGUCGGAAUACUGUCGCCUCGCUCUUCAUGAAGAAAGUCUUUGGUGACGCUGCCCAGAGAGUAUUGAGCGCGCUUAUCGCCAUCUCAGCCUUUGGUAAUGUAAUGACCGUCACCUUUGCUCAAGCUCGAGUAAACCAGGAGCUAGCCAAGGAAGGUGUCAUUCCUUACUCCCGGUUCUGGGCAUCAGACUGGCCAUUCGGAUCACCCUCGGCUGGCAUCCUCUUGCACUUCAUACCCAGCUUCUUGGUCAUCGUCGCGAUUCCGUUUGGAGAUGCGUAUAACUUCAUCCUGGACCUCGAGGGAUAUCCAUUGAGCAUCAUCAAUCUCUUUGUAGUCGUUGGAUUCUUCUGGCUUCGGUAUGCAUGUUCGGACGCAGAGAUCCCACGACCAUUUCGCUGCUGGUGGCCGAUAGCAGCGUUGUUCCUCUGCGCACAGGUGUUCUUAAUACUGGCGCCUUUCUUACCUCCGCAGGAUGGGAAAGGCGACACAAGUCUUCCAUACUGGCUCUACCCAGUGGUCGGCAUUAUGAUUCUUGUAUCUGGCGCGAUAUACUGGGCUGUUCGAUACAGACUUCUCCCCGCGAUCAGCAAAUAUAAUCUGGGCCGGGACAAACAUCGCUACGAGAGACUGCAGAGCUCUAACGAAGGAUGA